CACACAGCACAGUUUCACUUGGUUUGAAAUCAUCAGCAGUUGCUUCAGUACAGAAUCUACAGGAUCCAUGAAUGAAACAUUUUAACAAAUCUGCUUUCAUCUAAAAUAUUACACUGCAAUUUUAUCAUUUUUGGUGUGUGUUUCUCCAAAGGGACUGAUAUUAUUUUAAUGAAGAUGGAUAAACUUUUAAUUUUUAUGUUACAAGGUGUUUGGUGUAAAGAAUGGUCCAUUAGUCUGCCAGAGAAGAUUGAAGCUCUGAAUGGAUCCUGUGUGACCAUAAACUGCAGAUUUGAUAUUAAUAACACAUAUGACAAAUAUCUCACUGUCAGUGCUGCAGGAGUGUGGUAUAAAGAUAAGACUAAAGACAACAAUAUUGUGUUUCACUCCAGCAACUCCAAUCACCCUUUUAAAGGGGAAAUAACUGGAAAAUUAAAAGACAAGAACUGUACUACCAUUUUUCAUAACUUUACUUCAAAUUACAAAGGCAGAUUUAACUUCAGGAUUGAGAGUAAUGGUGGACUGAAAUAUACCUAUACACAAAAAUCUGUUUCAAUAAAUGUGAUCGACUCUCCCCCCAAACCCACAGUGCAGAUGUUUAAGGAUCAGAUGAAGGUUAAGGUUCAUGAGGAGGUGUUAGAGAGGAGCUCUUUGUGUCUGCGCUGCUCUGCUAAGACUCUCUGCUCCUCUUCUCCACCAACUCUCACAUGGAGCUCCACUGACAGACUCCACCUCAAUAAGAACAGCAGACUACAGCUGAAUCAACAGAAACAAACUGAGAUCAUCUCUGAUCUGAACUUCACUGCUACUCACCUUCUACAUGGAGUCACUUUCAUCUGCACUAUAACCUACCAGCUACAGCAGAGGAACACAACAGCACAGAGCAACAUCAUAUUACGUGUUCAGUAUGCCCCCAUAAUCUCUCUCAGCUGUAACAGAACUGAUGUAACUGUGUGUUUGUGUGAGGCUCAUGGGAAUCCCUCUCCUAAAGUGGAGUGGUUUCUAUCUGGACGUCCUGUCAGUAACUCUACAAACACAUUCAUCAGUGAGGAGCGAUUGAACAGCACAGACUUGAGGAGCUUCAUUUCUCUCCAUCAGUCACUUACAAACACAGACACUCUGCAGUGUGUCACCAUCAACACUCACGGCACUGCCAGUCAGAUUGAACGGCUUCAUCUUUCUCAUGAGACAAGUUUCAAUCUUUUCUCUGUGCUGAUUGGAGCUGCUAUUGGAGCUUCAGUAAUGAUGAUCUUGUGUGUCAUUAAACAUCUCUGCAAACGAAAACCUUCCCAGGAAAGAUCAGAAGACCCUCCAGGUAGCAUUUUGACAAAUGAAGAGCAUGAGGGAGAAUCUGUUGAUGCCAAUAGAGCCGUGCUGUCACCUGCUGAAGCUGAUAAUUACCCAGAAUCCCUUCAUUAUUCCUCCAUUCAAUUCACAAACACCCACACAGAGUCAGAAGAGAUCAUGGAUGCUUCAUCACUUACUGCUGAAUACGCUGUCGUCCGUCACUAUCCUGCAGGAGCAUCAGAGAUCUCUACAGAUGAACAGAUGAUUGUUAAUGCAGAAGAGCUUAAAGAAGAAGUAAAGCCUAAGAAAUCUGAUCAAGAGAUGCCGGCAGACUCAGAUUCUCAAUUAUAAGCACAAGUUAAACUUUGCAGUAGCAGAAGUUUAUGUGUGAGCAGCAUUUUGACUGCCAUAGUUAAAAACACACAUACAGAUAAUACUGAUUGUGUUUGUGAAGAAAUUUCUUCUCUUAUGUCUUUUAUUUACUGUCAAUAAAGUUUAUUAACUUGCUUAGUUUCUAUUAAAUCCAGUUUCUAGAAUUUAAAAUGUGCAUAAGAAAGUGAGGAAAAAUAGGCAUGCAAUGACCCACACAUGCUGUAUACAUCAUGUACUUCAGUUUUAUGAAACAUAAAUCAAUUGUGUUUAUCUUUAGCAUUUACAGAUUAUUGUUUUAGACAUGUUUUGAUCUAAUGGCACUAUCUAUAAA